UGUGAGAAGAGAAAUUUGAAACAUUUAACCCAAAGUAUUCAAAGCUCUCUCUCUAGUGUCAAGCUUUGAAACAUUAACCCAAAACCUUAUCCAAACUCUCCAAUGACUAUCAUCACACUUUCCCUCCCUUCCACAAACCCUUCUUCCUUCUUCUUCCAUUCUUCUCCAAAACCAUUCAAAUUCAAUCCCAAAUCCUCCUCACAACUCUCCCCCACCACCACCACCACCACCACCUCCUCACUCCCCAAAACUUCCAAAGUCAUCAUAAUUGGCGCCGGCCUCGCCGGCUUAGCUGCCGCCACCCACCUCAACUCUCAAAACAUCCCUUUCCUCCUCCUUGAAUCAUCAAACGCCGUCGGUGGCCGUGUCCGCACCGACAUUGUCGAUGGCUUCCUCCUUGACCGCGGCUUCCAAAUCUUCAUCACUGCUUAUCCAGAAGCUCAAAAGCUUCUCAAUUACCAAUCCUUAAACCUACAAAAAUUCUACUCCGGAGCAAAAAUCUUCUACGAUGGAAAAUUCCACACCGUCGCUGAUCCACUUCGCCAUUUCCUUGAUUCCGCAAAAUCUCUAACUAAUCCCAUAGGUUCCAUCUUCGAUAAAUUACUAAUCGGAACAACGAGAAUCGGUGUUCUCACAAAAUCCGAUGAACAAAUUCUUACCGCAGAAGAAGUUCCCACAAUUGAGUUACUGAAUAAGCUAGGAUUCUCCGAUUCCAUCAUCAGAAGAUUCUUCCGACCAUUUUUCGGCGGAAUCUUCUUCGAUCCAAACCUCGAAACAUCUUCGAGACUAUUCGAUUUCAUCUUCAAGUGUCUCGCACUCGGCGAAAAUACACUUCCGGCGAACGGUAUAUCGGCGAUACCGGAACAGUUAGCGGCGAGGUUACCGUCAGAUUCAAUCUUGCUAAACACGAAAGCAGUUUCAGUUGAUUUUGGUAGUUCCGAUUCGCCACGUGUAACGUUGCAGAACGGUGAGAUUUUGAACAGUGCGCUUGGAGUGAUCGUGGCCGUUGAAGAACCGGCUUUGAUUAAGUUAUUACCGGGAAAGAUAAACCCGGUUGUUAAAAAACCGGUUCGGAGUACAGUUUGUUUAUAUUUUACCGCGAACCCGGAUCAAAUCCCGGUUCAGGAUCCGGUUUUGUUUCUAAAUGGGUCGGGUAAAGGAAUAGUGAAUAACAUGUUUUUUGUGACAAAUGUAGCUCCAUCUUAUAGCCCACAAAACAAAGCAUUGAUUUCGGUAUCAUUGAUUGGAUUAUUUAAGGAUGAAUCUGACGAUGAGUUAGUGAGUAAAGUGAUUGAAGAACUUUCAGAUUGGUUUGGGGAUAAAAUGGUAAAAAAAUGGAAGCAUUUGAGAACUUAUAGAAUUGAGUAUGCACAACCUAAUCAAUGUCCACCCACUAAUUUGAAGAAAAACCCAACAAUUGAACCGGGUUUAUAUUUGUGUGGUGAUUAUUUGACUUCAGCUACAUUUGAUGGUGCUUUGGUUUCCGGUAGGAGAGCAGCUGAAUCACUCUUAAUGGAUAGAGCUUUCAUUGCUAAUGCUUCAUGAGUUGUUACUUUUCAAUCAUUGGAUAUUCAUUCAUAUUCUUGGUUUAUAUUGUAUGAUAAAUGUAACAUUUUUGUAAUGAAAAUAUGAAAAAUACUAUGUAUAGCUUACGGCUGAAAAAUAUUUGUGUGGUGAUUUGCUUGCAGCUACUAACAAUUUUUCUGUUCACUUAUUCUUAAGCAAUCAAUAGACACUACAUUCUUAACAAGCGGGGAGCCUCACUUAGUUGGAUUGGAUCCGAUGUUUAUAGAUUUUUUCACUUAUA